AUAGCUGCUGUAAAGGAAAUACCGUUAGUUACUAUUCUUCUUAUUAGCAGAGGGAAAAGCCUAAUUUUUAUAGUACUAGCUAUACUAGCUGGAGCCGGAGUUACUAUUAUAGUAGCGCCUUAUACUAAGCUUAAGAGACAGCUUAUUACGUACUGCCUUAAUGUAGGUAUUAACUGUAAGUACUAG